GCGUUGAGUGCGUGAGUGCGUGCGUGAGUGUGGGUGUGCGCACGCAAGCCGCUGCCUCGCCCCGUGGGAGCAAUGUUCUGAGACGGUGCCAUCCGUGCCACCGCCAGUCAGCGCGCGGGAGUCCCAGUGGCACAAUAGAGGCACUCGACGGUGUGGCACAGUGUCUGGCUCUUGGUGAUUGGUGCGUCCCGUGGCUGCUGUGUCAAGUUCAAGGGAGUAUCGCAUCAGUCAUCAAGAUGCCGAAAGCGGUCAAUGUGCGGGUCGUCACCAUGGACGCGGAGCUGGAGUUCGCGAUCCAGCCCAACACAACGGGGAAACAGUUGUUUGACCAGGUGGUUAAGACCAUUGGCCUGCGAGAAAUCUGGUUCUUUGGUCUCCAGUAUGUUGAUUCCAAGGGUUACACCACCUGGCUGAAGCUCAACAAGAAGGUUUUAUCUCAAGAUGUUAAGAAGGAAACUCCUCUACAGUUUAAGUUCAGAGCCAAGUUUUAUCCGGAAGAUGUGUCAGAGGAAAUCAUUCAGGACAUCACACUGCGCCUCUUCUACUUGCAAGUCAAGAACGCCAUCCUCAGUGAUGAAAUCUACUGCCCGCCAGAGACCUCAGUCCUGUUGGCUUCUUAUGCAGUGCAGGCCAAGUAUGGUGACCAAAGUGCUGAUAUCCACAAGUCUUUGUCCAACGAUCACCGACUAUUGCCGCAGCGAGUGAUGGACCAGCACAAGCUGACUCGUGAGGAGUGGGAGGAGCGCAUUAUCACCUGGUAUCACGAACACAAGGGAAUGCUUAGAGAGGAUGCCAUGAUGGAGUACCUCAAGUUGGCACAAGACCUGGAGAUGUAUGGUGUAAACUAUUUUGAUAUUAAGAACAAGAAAGGCACUGAGUUGUGGCUUGGUGUUGAUGCUCUAGGCCUUAACAUCUAUGAAAAAGAGGACAAGCUUACUCCGAAAAUUGGCUUCCCAUGGUGUGAAAUUCGAAAUAUCUCCUUCAAUGAUCGCAAGUUUGUCAUCAAGCCCAUCGACAAGAAGUCACCUGACUUUGUGUUCUUUGCACCACGCCUCAGGAUCAACAAGAGGAUCCUUGCAUUGUGUAUGGGCAACCAUGAGUUGUACAUGCGCCGCAGGAAGCCUGACACCAUUGAGGUGCAGCAGAUGAAGGCACAGGCCAGGGAGGAGAAGCUGGCAAAGCAACAGGAGAGAGAGAAGCUGGCUCGGGAAAUUGCCCUUCGUGAAGAAGCAGAAAGGAAACAGAAAGAAUAUGAGGAACGGUUGAAAUCCAUGCAAGAAGACAUGGAACGUCGUCAGAAGGAGCUCCUUGAUGCUCAGGAAACCAUUCGACGCCUUGAGGAGCAGCUCAAACAGCUACAGGCAGCAAAGGACGAGCUGGAGUCCAAGCAGACUGAACUUCAUGAAAUGAUGGUGCGUCUGGAACAGGCAAAGGAAAUGGAAGCUGAGGAAAAGAUAAAGCUGGAAGAAGAGAUUCGCACCAAGCAGGAAGAAGUCAGUCGCAUCCAGGAGGAAGUAAACAACAAGGAUGAGGAAACCAAGAAACUGCAGACCGAGGUUGAAGAAAUGAGACGCAAACAGGAAGAAGCCUCUGCUGCCUUGAUUGCAGCCACAACGACACCACAGCACCACCACGUGGCUGAACAGGAAGGGACAGAGGAAGACGAUGAUAUUCCCAAUGGGGACAUUUCCAAGGAACUGUACACUAGUGAUGAGCCCAUCGAGGAUCCCAUUGAGGAGAGGAGGACCCUGGCAGAGAGGAAUGAACGCCUACAAAACCAGCUCAAGGCACUCAAACAUGACUUGGAGUCCACAAGAGAUACAGAGAAGGAGACAACGAUGGACAAGAUCCACAAGGAGAAUGUCCGGCAGGGGCGAGACAAAUACAAGACUCUGAGGGAAAUCCGUAAAGGCAACACAAAGCGACGAGUAGAUCAGUUUGAAAACUUGUAAGAAUGCCAUAGAAUCAACAGGUACACUUGAUACACACAAACCACACACACUACAGACAUGGUCAUAUAUUUACUACUAUUCCUAACUCUCAUCUUGCAUUAAGUUAUACAAUAAUUUGCUCUUUAAUAAAUUUCAACCUUGGUGAGGCCAUUUAGUUAAUCAAAUAAUUCUGAGAUUGAAAUUUCAUUGUUAGAGGAAUCACAAAUAUAUAUAUAUAUAUAUAUAUAUAUAUAUAUAUAUAUAUAAGAAAAAAAAACCUUGCUUUCAAUUUGGCAGAAGCUUUGUACUACUUACAACAAUGAUGUGGACCACUUGAGAUGGUGCUGUACCAUGCAAUCACAUUCUCCAAAAUCUGGAAUAAUAAUCAUAUGUGUAAUUUUUGUAAUCUUUGUUUCAUGCCAUUCUAAAGUUUUGAUUUGACCUAAUCUAAUGAGCCUCUCCCUGCCUUACUUUGGUUGAUCCUACUGAUCAAGCAAUAUCUAAAGAAUCAAAUGUCUUGAAUGCUAGAUAAAGUAAGGCCAGAUUGUUGACUGUAAAUAUAUGUUGGUUGAUGGGUAGUCUAUUUUGAAUAUUGAAAUUUGUAUUUCUACCACCUAACUUUAGGCCACCUUCUAGUGUUGUACAGUUUGAUACCUAUGAGAGAUCUGAUAUACAGAAUUUAAGGUCUGAUCUUUAUCUCAUUUAUUAUUACUGACUCCUGUUUUGUAUGGGAAGGGAAUGCUGUAUAGAAUAUUAUUCCCAUGCAGGUCUUCCUUAAAGUGUUUGUUUUCUGUUUUGGAGUAUUCAGAUGAGCUCUGAAGUAUGUUGUAAAAUUGAACCUACAAAGUGAUGUUUUCCAUCUCUUCGGUUUCAUUUACUAGGAACCUUAUUGCAGUAGAAAUGUUAUUGCUUUAGGUUAUCAUACAUUGUGGGUCAUUUAAUAUAAGUUUGUCUUCACAACAGUAAAUAUUUUGUGGAAAGAAUUUAACUGAAAAGCAUUCAAAGAUUUAGCUAAUGACCGUGCUUUCUUGCUUUAUCAAGAUUGUAUGUGCUGCCAGUGCCUAUGCCACAGCCUUCCUCUCACUGUCCUUCUGGUCUUCCUGUACAUGCUUACUUCACCCAAGAAAAAGUAAUGUAGGGUUCUUCAUUGUGUACAUACCGUGUUCUGAACACUGCUUUAUUUAUUGCCAGUAAGAGUGAACUUGAUCACUUCACUGCACCAGACAAGUACUGGAGAUUCUCAGAACUUAAGUUCUUUCUAAAAUCAAACUACAAAAGUCUUCCACUGGGAGUCAACAUUAUUACAUUUUUGUACCAAGUGAAAUUUUCCAAAAUGUUACUGCUGCAGUAAAGUUGUAGAAUUAAAUUAAUGACCUAUGCUGUCUUGACCUGCCCACAUUCUACAAGUGACAAGUGCCGCCAGCCUUUUCUGGAAGUAAAGUAAGCAGUGCAGGAGGACUCAAUAGAUGCGGCUCACAUGAGGCUGUGGCGCAAGUCCAGCAGCAGCGGCCUUGGUGACUGUGUCUACUGACGUAGCCUAUGAUACGGAUAUCCAGUAUACACUGACGAGGUUAAUAUAAGUAAUUUUUGAAUAAAUUUGAAAGAUUGA